CUUCCCCUUAUGUAUAUUGUCUCGCAAAAAAAAAAUAACGCCUCUUUUAUUUUGCGAAACCAAACACUCCCUUGCCAGGCCCCGCGUAGAGUACCAGAAAUCAACCGUUCAAAACUCCGUCCUCCUCUCCCACCUCCCCCCACCCCUCUCUCUCUCUCUCUCUCUCUCUCUCUCUCUCUCUCUCUCUCUAAACAAACAAUACACACAGAAGAGAGAGAAACAAUCAAUCAAUCAACCCACAACAAUGGGGUCUCUCCCUCCACCCCUAGUCCUCUCAACCUCCGCCCCCACCCCAAAAACACCCCCUCGAAUCGACGCCACCCACCUCCUCAGCCUCUUCAAAACCCAGCAAUCCUACCUCAACCACUUCUUCCACCACCUCUCCCUCCCCCAAACCCUCCUCUUCACCCAAACCCUCUUAAACUCCACCGGCACCAUCUUCUUCUCCGGCGUGGGCAAGUCCGGCUUCGUCGCCCACAAGAUCUCCCAGACCCUAGCCUCCCUCUCCAUCCGCUCCUCCUUCCUCAACCCCGUCGACGCCCUCCAUGGCGACAUCGGCGCCUUAUCGGAUAACGACAUCCUCGUGAUGUUCAGCAAGAGCGGGAACAGUGAGGAGCUGCUGAGGCUGGCCCCGUGCGCCAGGGCGAAAGGGGCGUACUUGAUUAGUGUGACGUCGAGCGAGGCGAAUGGGUUGGUGGGGUUGUGCGAUUUGAAUGUGUACUUGCCGCUGGAGAGGGAGUUGUGCCCGUUUGAUCUGGCGCCGGUGACGUCCACCGCGAUCCAGAUGGUGUUCGGGGACACCGUGGCGGUGGCGAUGAUGGGGGCGAGGAACUUGAGUAAGGAGGAGUACGCUGCGAAUCACCCUGCGGGAAGGAUUGGGAAGAGCUUGAUUUUCAAGGUGAAGGAUGUCAUGAAAAAGCAAGAGGAACUUCCAGUAUGCAGGGAAGGAGAUUUGAUAAUGGAUCAGCUGGUAGAGUUAACUAGCAAAGGAUGUGGGUGCCUUCUUGUUAUCGAUGAUCAAUACCACCUCAUUGGUACAUUCACUGAUGGAGAUCUGCGGCGAACCCUGAAGGCUAGUAAGGAGGGGAUCUUCAAACUCUCUGUGGGGGAGAUGUGCAACAGGCAUCCGAGGACAAUUGGUCCUGAUGCAAUGGCAGUUGAAGCAAUGCAGAAGAUGGAGUCUCCUCCAUCUCCCGUUCAGUUUCUGCCUGUCAUCGAUCAACAGAACAUCUUAAUAGGUAUAAUUACACUUCACGGAUUGGUCUCAGCUGGCCUGUGAAUUUCUUCAAUGGAUGCCCUGCACUCUGUUCUGUAUUUCAUUUGUUCAAUGGCGAUUCUUUGCUUGUUUUCCCUAGAUCUCCAAAUGGGGUCAUGUAUUCUAUUCUUUAGAUGAUUAGUUUUGUAGUGGUGAAGAGGAAGGAAUGGGAGAAACCAAAGAAACAAGAACAACCACCCAGGGCAUGGCGGGAAUAAGAAAGUAGAGAGCUUAUUGUAUAUUAGUAGUGAGUUUCUUCAUAUUAUAUUUUCUGUAAAAACGUAUAACAUGCCUUUCGCCUCUAGUUGUAUGUCUUCGCUGAUCACUCACUUGGUUCAAUGACAAGCAUAUGAACAUGCUCAUUGAAGAUUUAA